AUGGCGAAAGACGUAUACGCUGGGAUCAGGGCAGUGAGCGCACGCAAACCAGGUGGUAACAAACGCAAACAUGGCUCGGAUUCGGACUCGCUCGGAGCAGCCGCAAGUGCGGGAGAGGUGAAGGACACGACGCGGACGCAGCUGCACGACAUCCUGUCUUCGCUCACGAGCAUGGAGCGGAAAGGCAAGCACAAGAUGAGCGAGAAGGAGCGCGAGGCCGAAAGAGAUGCGAAACGGGUGCGAAAUAGGCCGGCAGAGGUGUCUGCGUUGGAGCUAUUGAUGGCGGGAUCCGAGCGCAACGACGGCUGGAGUGCAAACGGAGGUGCGUCUGUGUUCAAGACGAAACAUAAGGAUGCCAAGACGGGUAUGCGAGCAAAUCGAUUGGAUUCGGUCGGUGGUGGGAAGCGUAACGCUGGGACUGUGGACCAGAGAGAUAAGCACUUGGGCAAAUGCGAGAACGAGAGCAAGUGCACGAGUCAAGACGAACGCGACGUGGGUAUGGCAGCCGCAAAGUCUACACGAUCACACAUGCCAAGCGCGACGGGAUCGCCAGGGCCGACCGACGAAACAUCACGUAGCGUGUCAAGAUCACCGACACCAACGACGCCAUCGAGACGUAUGUCAGCAGACACAGACCAGCCUUGUAGCACCACUGGCGCGCAAAUCGACGUAGCUGUGCUCGUCAAGACGUACAGAGCACAACUGCGCGAUUUGGGCAGUGUGGUAGCUGCGCUGGAAUCUGAACUAGAGCUGAUGGACCGAAUGUGGUACAAGAACGCAUUGCAGUUCCACUCGGCGCUGUGGUGGCGCAGCUUUGACGGUGUACGACGAUGGAUGCAUCGUCUUAUGCGUGAUCGUAGCUCGUCGCUCCGUAACUGUGCAGCGUCUGCGGACGAGCGACAAAGUCUAUCACGCACAGUGAUCCAUGAUCUCACUAGGCUGUACUGUGAGCUUGGUGGUGCGCAACCAACUGCCAGCGUCUCAUCAAUCGCCAAUUUAGCAGCUCGACCAAGCGCAGCCAGCGUGCACGCGUACCUCUGCUCGCCCUGCGCGCGCGUGCGCCUCGAAUCCACCCUACAACGUCUCUCGCAGCUGCACUCUGUAUGCACUCUGCUCAAACACCGGUGUGUAACAGCUGCAAAACUCUUGCUUAUCCACCUCAACACUCCGCCCGCUCCCACAUUUGCGCCUUUGGUUACCACACUUGUCGCGCUCAUCGCAAACGUGCAUACGCAGAUCGACAAGCUCGUCGCCAGCGAUGCGCGCGGCCGCGUAAAUGAGCUGCUCCACUUGAUGCAUCAGUUGCCACAAACGGCGCGUACGUAG